CUCCUUGCCUUCCAGGCGGUUGGCAGAGCGCGGCGGCGGCUGAGGCUGCCUGCUGCCUGGCUGAUGGAGAGAUUAUUUCUAAGCCCUUCCCAUCCCCCACCCCCCCUUGCAGGACCACACUGGCUGUCCCCGUGGGACUCGGAGUGCAGAGCCCGCUGCCGAAGCAGGACAGCUGGUUCAGCUCCCUGCUAGCAUGAACCCCUCAGACCCUCACCUCUCAUGAGGCCAAGGGUUUCUGGGUCCUUUUAAAAACCCCACCGCACCCCCCCACCCCCGGGGCUGUCCUGCAGUUGCUGGAGAGAGAGAUGCAGAAUGAACGGACUUCUGGGUUCUGGAGGAGGCAAGGGAAGAAAGACGGGAAACUAACUCUGCCAGAAACUGCUGUGUUUCAGAUUUUUCUUCUCUUCUCUUUCAUCGUCACCACAAACCCAUCUCUCCCCUGGGCAGUGAGACAUGGGCUCCCCCUGCCCAGCAGAGAAACAGCUGGAAACGGGCUCCCUGAGACAGGAGGGCUGCUCAUCUUCCUCUGGCCGUGCGUUGUAGACAAAGGAAGGCAGGCAGAAUGAUAGAAUGCUGUGUGGCGAGCAAGUGUGAAAUGCACGGGCUGUGAUUCAACUCUUCACUCUCUGCCGGAAUCCAACCAGCUCCGAAACUGAGAGGAACUUUGAUUUCCAUUCGGCUGCUGAGUUUCCCUCUCGAGUGGAGUGCAUCUUGGAAUGACCUCUUUGGCGAUGCCUGUGCCUUCCAGAGACAGGAGCCUGCUUCCCGGGCACCACCGCUCCCGCUCCUGCAGCCCUUUCAGCCCACUCCUGCCCGGCGCCGUGGAGCCGCCGUCCAUCAAGGGCCUUUACUACCGCAGGGCCCGGCGGGUGGGCGCCCGGGACGCCUCCCCGGCGGCCGACCUGAAGAAGGAGAUCCUGGUGAACGUCGGGGGCCGGAGGUACGUCCUCCCCUGGAGCACGCUGGACGACUUUCCACUGAGCCGCCUGAGCAAGCUCAAGCUCUGCCAGAACCACGAGGAGAUCGCGCAGCUCUGCGACGACUACGAUGAGGACAGUCAGGAGUUCUUCUUUGACAGGAGCCCCAACGCUUUCGGCGCCAUCGUGAGCUUCCUGGCGGCCGGCAAGCUGGCCCUCCUGCGGGAGAUGUGCGUGCUGUCCUUCCGGGAGGAGCUGACCUACUGGGGGAUCGAGGAGGCCAACCUGGAGAAGUGCUGCCUGCGGGAGCUGCUCAAGAGGCUGGAGGAGCUGGCCGAGCUGCGCAGGGAGGAGGCGCUGCAGCGGCAGAGGGACGCGGGUGGCCCGGCCGCCGCCGCCUCGCGCUGGGGGCUCUGCAUGCACUGGCUGCGGGAGACCGUGGAGAACCCGCAGUCGGGGCUGCCCGGGAAGGUCUUUGCUUGUCUGUCCAUCCUCUUCGUGGCCACCACGGCGGUCAGCCUGUGUGUCAGCACCUUGCCCGACCUGAGGGCCGAGGAGGACAAGGGUGAGUGCUCUCAGAAAUGCUACUAUAUCUUCAUCGUGGAGACCGUCUGCGUGGCCUGGUUUUCCCUGGAGUUCUGCCUGCGGUUUGUCCAGGCCCAGAACAAGUGCCAGUUCUUCCAGGGGCCCCUGAACAUCAUCGACAUCCUGGCCAUCUCCCCCUACUACGUGUCCCUCGCGGUGUCGGACGAGCCCCAGGAGGACGGCGAGAGGCCGGGCGGGAGCUCCUACCUGGAGAAGGUGGGGCUGGCGCUGCGCGUGCUGCGGGCGCUGCGCAUCCUCUACGUGAUGCGCCUGGCGCGCCACUCGCUGGGGCUGCAGACGCUGGGCCUCACCGUGCGCCGCUGCACGCGCGAGUUCGGCCUGCUCCUCCUCUUCCUCUGCGUGGCCGUCACCCUCUUCUCCCCUCUGGUCUACGUGGCCGAGAAUGAGUCCGGCCGGGUCCUGGAGUUCACCAGCAUCCCGGCCUCCUAUUGGUGGGCCGUCAUCUCCAUGACGACCGUGGGCUACGGAGACAUGGUCCCGCGCAGCGUGCCGGGCCAGAUGGUGGCCCUCAGCAGCAUCCUGAGUGGGAUCCUCAUCAUGGCCUUCCCAGCCACGUCCAUCUUCCACACCUUCUCGCACUCCUACCUGGAGCUCAAGAGGGAGCAGGAGCAGCUCCAGGCCCGCCUCCGCCGCCUGCAAAACGUCGCCACGGCCAGUGAACACCAACUCCUGAGUGAUGUCGACGACAUGAUCCUGGAGGGACCCGCCUCGCCCAUCGCAUACAUUUAACUCCAAAUCCUCGUGGAUACGCUGGAACUUCCACCCAUCGCCCUUGGCUGACAGGGGCUGGAGAAUACUAGCAUGUAGACCCUUGGGUGGUAUGUUUCCUGAACUCAGGGAACGCUCCAGAAGCUGAGAGGGGCUCAAGGACACAGAUGUUUGAUCCGUGUGAUUCUUGACCCUCCUGGUCACCACCAUCCAGGCUGACCUUGUCUGUGUUGCUUGCCUUUUCCUCUCUGCCUGCCCAUGGCUGAGCAUAGCCACUUUUGCUGGGUUAGACGGGUCUCCCUUCAUUCUCAUUUGCUUCCCAGCAGUCUUCAAUAUCUGAAGCUGGGUUCCAGACGCCCACAGAAGCAAGCCUACAGAAUUCUAUUCCUCCCCUAGGACCCUCUAUCCUGGGCCACCCCACUGCAAGGAACUGGAGGUUCCAGUCGCCGCAAGCCCUUCUGAUCGGGUCUCCCCGCCCAGCCUCUCCUGGUUCCAGUGGGCGUCCACAUGUUCUCCUUCCGCUCACCACCACAUUGGCAUUUUCCUAGUGCAGCUGCCUCCCCGCCCCCAGCUCUGGAAGCCCUUAGCCAACAGGGCAGAACUGGCCUCUGUGUUAAAUCCCACAGUGGGGGCUGGUGGUCUCCCAUCCCUCCUGACACACCUGGGACCUGGGCAGGAGCGUCACCUGCCAGCACAGCAGGCCCUCCUUGGCCAACUGGACUCUUGGCAGGACAUUCUCCAAUCAUCCAGUCCUUGGCCUUGGCAGAGGCUCACUCCUGCAGCGCACUGCAUUGUCCCUUGAGAGAACCGUUCCUGCUGCUGGUUCCUCCAGCACUGCAGGGACCUCGGCUUUCCACCUUCAGCUAAGCCACCAUGGACGCAGUGUCACUUCAGUGCAGAAGCGAGGGCAGCCUUAAGAUCUGCCCCCUGCCAGGUCCCCAAACCAGGCCCCUUGAUGCCAGAGGAUAGACGUCCUCAGCUUAUAUUUAAAUGUAUUUAUUUAUUUAUCCAUUCAUUCCCUGGCAGAUUCGGCCCUUUGCAUCCAGUGUAGGAGACAGAUGUAGGCCCAGGUCGUUAGAGAUAAAGGCGGUGCAUACUGAGACCAGAGAGGAAAAAGCAGUGAAUUCUGAGAGGUCAGCUCCCAAAGGGCUUCACAAAGACGCAGGAGGGGAGAGUGCGGAGGGAUGUUUGGGGAGACGAGCUAGAAGGAGGGAUGGGACAGCAGGUGGUGGGCUGUGGAUGCUGUGCAGAGGAUCUGGACUCUUCGGUGGAUGGAGAGAUGUUAGAGACGCCAGAGGAAGGAGCAAUGUGAACGGACUGAGGGUGUGGUUGGUGAAGACGAUGAUGACCAUGGGAUGCGAGAAGCCCAGUUUGGAACAGAGAACGACCGAGCAGCUCAGGCAAGACAUGAGGGCCUAUCUCCUCCACAUUGUGAAUUGUACAAGGUGGUGCCAGGUCCUGGCCUCUCGUCUCUUGUUCCCCAGUAGGGCACACCCGGAGAGGUCUUGAUGGCACUUCCCACAGGUGACGUGGCCACACACAGUUACUCACUGUUGGCUGUAAAUGUGCUGGAGAAAGUGCGCUGGGGUGCGAAUGGGUGACGGUGAGGAGGGCGGGGGCCGGGAUCUGAUGUAGUUUCUGUGUAAGCGCAUCAGCGUUUCAUCACUGAGGACAAGUUACUUGCUGCUUGUUCAUUCCCCUGGCAUUUAGCACAGGCCUACUACGGGCCAGGCACACACCUUCCCCUGACCUCAACACUGGGGUCAGCACAGCCGCGGGCUCUGGCCCAGGGGAGCACUCCACACCAGCAUCUAGCUUCAAACUAGCCUUGACCUUGUGGGGGGCCCUCGUUCCCUUUGACUGGUCCAGGUGCCCUCCCAGCUGAUGGGGGCACAUGUCCCCACCCCUCUAGACCCCCAAGAGUUUGCGGAACACCCCCAUCCUGACAUUUCACCGAGAAAGGUCUUUGCAUAGUGGCACAGCGGCCAGUCACACAAAGAAAGGCCCCACCCCCUGUAUAAUCCACCUGUGACCCUGGGGCCUUUCCCUCUCUGUCAGCUUCAGGAGCUGGGCUAGAUCUGUGGUGUUCUGGCUGGGGUUCCAUGAACACCCCCAGGGCUGCCAUGUGGGUGGAGAGUUCUGCAUUCCAAAGUGCCGCAUUUGCAAGGAACGAUUUUUAAAAGGGUGUGCAAAUUUCUAGACACCCUCCCCCUUCCAGUCAGUGCCAUCCCCGGCCCCUCGAACUGAGGCGGCCGGCUCACCCCAGGACCAGGGAGGCAUCCUUGACAGGCACCGGAAGCCCUGGGACCCACACCACACCCCACAUGGGCCCUCCCUCUUCUGAUGAAGACCCUUUCAGUGCUGUGUGCCCAGUGCAGUCACUCGUCGCUCCAGCUCUGCCCGUCGCUGUGAGUGGCUUCCACGCAGCAUCUCCAUUUUCCUCUGUUUCCCAUGCCGGGCAUCCAAACCAAAGAAAAAUAGUUGAGCCCCUCACCCUCAUUACAAGGUUCUAGAGUGUCUUUCUACAUGCCCGGUGGAAAUUCUUUACUCAAUUAGAAGUGGAAAAUUGGAGUGGAUUGCUGGCAUGUGGGGCUUAAUUAAACGCUCUAUUUUUUCUCCCCAGUAACGCCCUGGGGGACCGGUCUAAGUUGAGUUAGUCUAGCCUUGCCCAGCAGCCUUUCCUUCAUGCUGAUUGGAUGCGACACGGAUGACCAGCGAGUUGCUAGGCUGUCUCUUCAUCCCGAUUGGCUGAAAGGAGUCCUGCGAUUUCGAGAGGGGCUUGUUUUCUCUGAGGCCAAAGGGCAUGACUGCAGCCAAAGGAAGCAAUUUUCCAGCUGAAGGCAAGGAGCGAACGGUCCCUGACAUAAGCCGUUUUCAUGGUGUGUCAUAGAUGUGUCUCCCGGAGGUAACUUUAAGAUGUUGGUCCAACAUCUCUAGCCAGGCAGAGUUGAGCCCAAGAAGUGACUUGGGGAUGGAUGGGUUAAUUCUUCAACACAAGGCUAGCGGGCUCUGCCCUGGACUGCACUGGGGGCCCACUGACUCUGUUUUGAUGGCUUUUAGGCCUUGAGAAAUUGGUAACUGGAAGGUGUAUCAGGAGACGGUCUAAGCUGGGGGCUUCGGUGGGUUUCCAGUGUCUGUGAUCCUCUGGAGAUUAUGUGCAUCUCCAAGUGCACAUCUUUGAAAAAGGGUCCAGUGAUUUCAUCAGCUCCUCAAAGGAGUCCAUGACCCCUCAAAAAGGAUAAGAAACUCUUGAGUAAAUCAACUCCCUCAUUUUAAGAUGGAGAGACCAAGGCUCAGAGAGGGAAAGCCACCUGCCCAAGGCCACCCAGCCGGUUCAUUCAAUUAGCUCCAAAUACACUGAUUCCCAGCGGAAGACUCUUUCUAGUGUGUCGUGCUGCAGCUCUUAGACUCCUCUGAAUCGGUGCCCCAGCCCUCAAAGAAAAUAUUCGUGACAAGAUCAUCAUAAUGCUAUGCCACGCUAGGCUGAGCAGAGCGAGCAGGGUUGUCUCAGGGCGUCUCGGGCACUGACUCUCACGCUUCCUUUGCCACAUAAUAGUGGACGUGGGGAAACUGACUUCAGGGCCGUCCAUUUCUCGUGGAUCCCAUGAGAGGGUGGACGAGAGGGUUGUCAGUGUCCCUCCCAGUGUGGGAAGUCUGUGAGUUGGGGGAGUGGAGUCAUUGCAUCAGUUUUACCAUGGACGGGGCAGGUGAGGAAGAGGAGAGAGGAGAGAAAGGAAGACAGACCGUGGGCCCUAAUGAUCCACAGAAUCGCUCCCUUUGCAAAAAUCAGCGAGUAGUUCAAGUGUGACUGGAAGUUCACUAAGAUCUCUGCCCCCCAGCUGCCCGCCACUGUCCUACGCAGCCCACCUGGGUCCCUCGCCCCCACCCUGAGGGCCUGCACCUGCCAGGGCCCGGCUGCAUGGCUCUCCCCGUCCGUCCUCUUCCUCGUAUGAAAUGCUAAUUACGGGAUCACUCACUGAAUGAUGAUGAGGCACCUGGCAAUUGAUUUUUUAACAUUUGGAAAACACAUCAAACUCGCAAAAAAAGUUGCAAGAACAAAAAAUAGUACAUAGAACACCGGAAUACACCUCUUUUUGAAACAUGUUGUCCCACUUGCUUUAUCAUUCAUUCUCCGUUAUAUAUCCAUUGUACGUUUUUCUGGGCCAUUUGAGUAAGUCGACUAUAUCUUAGCCCUUUGCUUUCCGAACUUUAGGACGUGGUAACUGGAAGGCCUAUCAGAGACCAUCAGCCCGAGGAUGCUUACCCGAGAGCUUCCGGGAGGGCGCUGUGACCCUCUGGAGAUGCCACGCAAGCAAGCACAUGUAGGUGACAUGCAUUUCAAAGUGCAAAGUGUCCAGUGAUUUCAUCAGCUUCUCAAAGGACUCCCUGACUCCCCCUCGGAAUAAAGGCUAGGAGGCUCUGAGGGGAGCCAGCUCCGUCGUCUUAAGAUGGAGAGCCCAAGGGACAUGAAACGCUCCGGCGUGCAGAGCCUCAGAGUAAGGAUCGUCUCUUACAAAACCACAGUGCGGUCACCAACAUCAGCACAUUUAACUUUGAUGCCGUAUUUUAAUGUAAUCUACUGUCCGUUCCAAUUUUGUCAGCUGACCUAAUAACAUCCUCUUUCCCUGCAGGACAGGGUCGAGCGUGGAAGCAGAUGUGGCAUUUACUUGUCAUAUUUCUUUAGCCUCCUGUAAUCUGGAUCUUUCCACAGCCCUUCUUCGACGUAGAUGUCAUUGAAAUUGUGGAUGAGUAGACCCCCUCUUUUUAAUAGGAUGUGCCUCCUUUUAUGUCCAUCCCACAUCUCCUCGCGCUUAGAUUGAGGCUGUGUGUUCCCAGCCUGACACUGUGUCCAUGAGGUUGGGUCCCUCUCCAGGUAUCGCAUCUGGGGGUGCCAUGCCCCUCAUCAGUGACAUACAAGCCCCUUAUUUGGGAGGUGACCCUGGGAAAUGCUGGGAGGGGAGUGGAGAGUGAGAAAGCAAAAGAAAGAUAGGGAGUGCUGGUCAGGCCUAAAGGCAUUCAAAUAAGAAACAAAAUUAACCCCUGCUCUCAUGCAGGCCAGAUGGAACAUUCCAGAAGGCUGGACUUGCACAGACCACCCUGGGCUACCUCUGUGAGGAGGAGAGAGUGUUUGCUUCCCAGAAGAACUAGUCUCCAAGCCUUGGAGCUAGUCUUCUCUCUCCACCUGCCACAAGGAGGGGACCUCUGAUGCCCGUCCUGGACUCUGCCAGCUCAGGAGUGGCCUGCCUCAUGGAUUCUUAGAGCCAGAAGGACCUUUACAAUCACUGGGUCCAACCUGCCCAUUUUACGGGUGUGGACACAGAGCCCAGGCAGGGGAUGUGAUGUGGCAAGUCACACAGUCAGAGGCGGCAAAGCCAGGACUGCCAGCCCAGGGCCCUCAGCUCUGUGCCUCCUGGUCCUCGCCCAGCGCCUGUCUCAUCCAGCAUUUGACAUCUAAGCAAGGGGCACCUCCAGGAACACAAUAGUCGGUUAAAAAUAAAACAAAAUAGAGGCACACCACUGUCCCCGUGGGCCCUGCAGCUCCUCGGUCACCUGGAGCGGCCCUGGUGGAGGCUGCGGGAGCCGAACCCUGCCUCCGUGGCAGCCGGCCUGCUCUAGAUGACACGUGGAGGAUGCAGCCUGACUUUCAUAACUCACCUUUGCUGUCGGGGGGACAAAGCCGAGGGAAAGGGAACAAAUUUGGGCACCCGAGCUAAAAUUAACCAAUCUUGCUGUUCCAAAGGCUUCCAUUGUACUUGGCCAAUGACCGGCUUGAAAUAAGAUGCUGGGGGGGCUCAGCCAUUUUACCUGGCGCCUUCUUAACUAAGCUUUUGGGGGCUCCCCCACGCAGCUCCAAGAGGAACAUUAAACAAUGCUAAG